AUGAUCACCAGGGAGCAAGAAAAAGGUCUCUCUUUGCUGGGUUACCAUUUAUGCAAUUACUCUGUGAUAAAAAAUGUGAGCAAAACAGUUGCAUAUCAGAAAUCAUAUGAGAAACAAACACCAUGUGGUGGAUGGAUUCCAUGGAGAAUAUGUACCAAAACCUAUUACAAAGAAGAAUACCAUCCCAUUAUGGUCCGAGAGGCUGUGAAUCUGACAGAUUGUUGUGAUGGAUAUGAACAAGUGGGUCUAUAUUGUUCCUUACCCAUAAACAGAUCCAGCGAUUUUGCUUCAAGACUUGGUGCCUGCCCCACGAAGACAGGGGAAGCAUUAAAUAGUUCAUGUGUGUCUGACAUGGAUUGUCCAGAAUAUAAAAAAUGCUGUAAGACAUCUACAGGAAUCCAUUGUUCAGAUCCUGUUCCAGAAGGACAAACAGUAACAAAAUACUGGUAUAACGUGUCAGUCCUUGUGAAAAUGGAUUUCAAUGAGCUGAGCAAAGUGGAUCCAAGACUGUUGAAUCAUUCACGUCUUUUGCACUCUAUGAUUACUGGAGCAUUAUGGCCCAUGAACAUCUCAAUGUAUCAUAUCCAGACAACCAAGUCAGAAACUUAUGCAGAGACAUUAGCUUCUCACGUCCUAGUUGGACUGGAACAACUGGUUCCACUGGUCAAUAUUUCUUCUUUGUUGAAGGACAUUGUGAUGAGAGUAUAUGAAGUUAUUGACAUUGUUGUAAAAGAUUGUGAUCAUGAUAUACCCAACAUUCUGCUUAAAAAUAUGCAUUCUUCUAAUUUGCUAAGACAUUCAACAUCUACAUCACCAGAAACUCAUGUAUCAGUAGAUUCUGAAUGCAAGUCUCCUCCUGUUAGGAACCACAAGAUCUUCAGUGUAACUAGCAACAGUUUUGAAGCAUCUUGGAGUGUAAAUUCCUUGCAGAACCAUUCAUUCCGAGCAGAAGUGUACAAAGGCAAGGAACUUGUUCAAGGAACGGAAACCACAGAUAUGAAGCUGAAUAUGUCAGAUCUAGAAGCAGGUGUAAUGUAUACACUGAAAGUCAGCUAUGAAGCUUGUGGCAAAAAUAUUACCUCCUAUAGAAAUGUGAAGACAGAUGCCUUGAUAUUUGGUUUAACUCUAAGGAUCUUGAACUACAACUUCACUGACCAGUUCCUCAAUAUGAGCAGCAGAGAAUAUCAGGGAUUUUCUAGUAUUUUGAUGACUGAGAUUAUGCAGUCAUUUCCUUCAAAUAUGUCUGCAUUACACAAAUCUGGGAAGCUAAAAGUACAAGUUGAUUCCAUUAAAGCUGGAAGUAUUAUUGUAAAGCUUAAAAUCAUAAUAGAAGACCUAGAGUUUCCAAAAGACUUGUCUGCAUUUGAUUCAAUGAUUGCCUCACUUCACAAAAGUUCUGUUUUUGGAAUUGACCCAAGGAGCUCUGCAGUGGAAGAUUGGGAUGAAUGUGCAUCUAAAGCAGAAAACGAUUGCUGUAUGUUUGCAGAAUGUAUCAAUACAGUGGGUUCAUAUAUAUGCAGAUGCAAGACAGAUGCCAAUCCAGUCCGACCCGGGAGAAACUGUGAAGGUGAAAUCGUGGAUCCUGUUACUACACAGGGAUCCAGUGUUACUGAAGGACCAGUGACAAGUGCCACUGCUCUCUCAAAGGCAGAAAUACAGGUGGCGACAUCGUUCACUUCUAAGUAUACUGAAGCAACAGUGCUGCCCUCAAGUGGCAUCCAGGAGUCAAGCACUCUUCCAGCAGACAAAACAUUGUCAGCAUCUCAGAGGAUGAACACUUUAGGGUAUGUCAGGAAUAAUAGUACCUUGAGUAUCCCAGCAACAACUACUCUGGUGGCAAAAUGGUGGGGCAAUGUAACAGUCUCAAAUGGAACUGUAGUUGAAGAGAGGUGGACUACACAAGAUCAACACAACUCUUCAUUGACCUCAUCACCUGGAGUUCCAAACACCAUAGCUUAUCCUUUUAAGGGAAAUGAGUCUGUAGUAGAGGCAAACACACCUGGCUUCUCAGUUGAAAGAGGUUCUGAGAAUGUUACAACCCUGACUGUAACACAAAAUCCCAAACUUCAUGCUCUGAACCAUACCCUUGAUAGGGACAUGGGGAAAAAUAACAGCUCUUGGUCUGAUGAAAGAAACGGUACAGCAUUAUCAUCUUCUUUCAAGGAGAAUAUGAUGGUCUCCCUUGCUACAGAUUUGAGUGGGCCGUUUCCAGCUGAAAGAAUUUUGUUUUCCAAUGUGACAAAUACUAGCUUUCAGAUUGGCUGGACUACAAAUUUUUCAGUGAAUUCUACUUUCCAUUUUCAGCUCUUUGAGGGGGAACAACUGAUACAGGAAGUUAAAACCCAAAACAGUAACCUGAAUAUUUCCAGACUAAAAGCAGGAACUUUGUACAUUGUUAAAAUAAAAACAGACUUUUAUGGAAAUGAAAGUAAACUAGUGCAGCGUAAAGUAAAGACAGCUGCCCAGAAGUUUAAUGGGACAGUUAGGAUAGUGAAUCUGAACUAUAGCUCAGAGUUCAAGAACUCAAGUAGUGAAGAGCACCAAAAUUUUACAAAGAUGUUUCUUAAUGAGGUCCGUACAUCUUUGCCCCCUAAUAUUCUUCAAAAAAUGGAUGCUGGUAUGAUUAACAUUUCAAUAGUAAGUAUUAUCCCAGGAAGCAUAGUGGUAAACUUCAGUCUCCUGAUUCCAGUAAACAUGGAUGCAAGGAAUGUUUCCAGGUCUCUUCUUGAAGCUUUUCAAAACAGCAGCCUUUUCGUGGUUGAUAAUAGCAGUCUUUCCAUUUAUGAUUACAAUGAAUGUGAGAGAGAAGAAACAGAUUGUUCUCCUAACGCAUCCUGUUACAAUAUUUAUGGAUCUUAUGAAUGCAAUUGCAAAGAAGGAUUUAUCAGUGUAAAUGCUGAGAGACCUGGGAGAAAUUGUGAAGUACUUUCUUCCACCCUCAGUCCUGGAGAUGCACAGUCAAAGGAAUGGAGCAGCACAGCUUUACCACUGACAUAUCCAUAUACUUCAGACCACAUGCCUUCAUCUGCUAGAGAGAAUUUUUCUAUUUCUAGUGUCAGAAGCUUGGAGAAUGCAACUGCCAGCACUACAAUUAAUAAAAAAAUUAUAAAUCGAACACCAAAAGUUCAUAGUUUACAUCAGAUCUCACCCUUCCAAUUCAGUAAGGGUUCUACUGCUGGUUCAAUUAAGGAGGCGGUUCAAGUACUGUGUGAGUUUGAAAAAAUUGUCAUCUCCAUUAAGAAGGCCUUUCUGUACCAGGAAUCUAUCCCAGAAACUUCCUUGUACCUAGGGGAACCUCACUGCAAUGUAAGCAUCAGCAAUUCUAGUCAUGUGAUUCUUCGGACAGGCUGGGACGAAUGUGGAACUGAAGUACAAAGUAAUACCACACACACCAUUGUAAAAACUGUUCUUCGGAAUGAUCGGUUUUCUCAUGGGAUUAUCCGCUACUUAAAGAUUUCAAGUCAAAUUCACUGUAUCUUUCAGAAUGAUCUCUUAGCUUCAUCUGGAUAUACUCCAGAAGGGGUUUAUGCUGUCUUUGAGGAUUUACAAGGAUCUGGACGCUUCUUAACAGAAAUGCGAUUGUUCAUUGGAAAUUCUCCAAUUCCCCAAAAUUUCAGCAUCUCUGCUAGUGAUGAUGUAAUGAUUGAGGUGGGAAUUCAUACAAGAGACAGGAAGCUCAAGGUGGUUGUUGGUGAAUGUUGGGCAACUCCAACUAAUAACUCAAUGGAUCCUCAGUCAUUUCCUUUUAUACGUGGCAGCUGUCCAGUUCCAAACACUCAUACCACCAUGAUUUCAAAUGGGAUAUCCAACCGAGCCCGAUUUCAUCUGAAAAUCUUUUCAUUUGUCAAUAAUUCAGUGGUUUACUUACACUGCAAAAUCCACGUUUGUGUUGAAAUUCCUAGAAGCACUUGCAGAAUGAGUUGCCAGGGUUUCCGUUAUCAGAGAUCAGGUGAAACGAUUGCAACACCCAGGACAUCAUGGGGCCCUCUUCACAAAUUCAGUGCUGGUUUAAAGGAAGAGAGGAAAACCGGUUUGGGAGUAGGGUAUGUCAUCCUCAUUGUCGUUGGUGCACUUGUUCUCGCACUGGGAGUAGCAGGACUUUUGGUCUGCCGAUACCAACGCAAGGCUGGGACUUAUAACUUCAAACUCAAGUCUGACUUUUUUAACUACCGAGCGUUCUAUGAUUGAACAUUUCUAUUUGACCACAUCUGGAAGCUUUCUGCAAAUAUACUGGUCCAUGAAAUGUUGGAGGUGAAACACACAACCAGACAUAACCACAAGCAGCUGAUACUCAGAUUAUUGGGCCUCUGAGAACUUCUUACCAGAUUUCUGUUGCUAUUUCAAACCAUUUGCAUUAUUUCAAGAGGGCAGAAAAUUCACUAGUGAUUUUAUAGUUGGAUUUACUUUUGCCCCUGCCUCCUAGUUCCACAAGUGAUAUCACUUACUUUUAAAAAGGUAGAACACUUCAUCAGUGUGAGAGAGUAAUCCAGGCAAUUGCAUAAGUCCAUUAUAUACAGUAUAUAUAUAUUUUCAUUCUGGGACUGUGGAAUCAUCAUUUUGAUGUAGAGGCCUAGAUUUUUAGAGAAUAAGAAUGCAAUAUGAGUGCUGGAUGUUUGUGAAAAGAAGGAUUCUGAAACUGUUUAUGUGUUUCCAAAUAAGCUCUGGAAAACCUGCUUAACAUGUGAUUAAAAGUGGUGAAAAGAUUCUGCAUUGCUUUUGCCAUUCUACUGUAGAGGAAAAGGUGAACAUGUUCCUGGAUAAGAAUCUUCCUCAUAUUUAGUGUAAUUUUUUACACCGAAUGGAUCACACAGUGCAAUGUAUCCUUAUCUUAAAAUUGGUGUCUCCAUGAAGUUGCUUCUGCAGAUCUCUAUUACUUAAUAGCUUUCAACCCAAAAUUCAGCUUUAACACAUCUACUUGGGAUAGAACCUUAUUCAUUCAAUUUCUGUUUGGACAGUCACUACAGAAGCCCCAAAGGUGGGCUUUGAAAUGGAGAGAAAGAAAAAAGGGAGAGGUAAAGAAAGGAAGGGAGAAAAAGAAAAAACUAGAAAACACUAGUAUAAACCUACCUACAACAAUGCCUGGAUCUUCAAUUAUUUUGGAUGUUCGCUAAGUCUACAAAACUUACUAGAAUUUUGCUAAAGGAACAACAUGUUUUUCUUAUUUUACACAGCUUAAUACUGCAGUAAUUGCAGCAAGUAAAAUUGCUGCUGUAAAAUAGGUUGAUUUGGGACAGGCAAAGAGCUGAAAGAAAAUGCAGAGCCUUUGCUGAUGUGCUUUUAGAAGCUGCUGUAUUUUGGGUACAUUUAUUAUAAAUUUUCAUUCUAAAGAAUGCUAUUUGUCUUGUAAACAUAUAGGAAAGAGGAACAAUUUUUAUAGUUACUGUUUCUGAAUUUCUAUAUCAUAUUAAAAUUAAGUGGAUUGCACUGCUAUUCUACAGUAAGUGAUUUGUGAAGUGGGUUAUUAGAAGAGUAGAGCUGAAAGUGAAACUGAACAAUUUGCUUUUGACAUACACCAAAUAAAACCUCAGUCUUCAAUUAGAUACAGGAAGCUUAUAUACUUAGCUUUUGUCUGCUACUUUAAUAAAUGCAUUUUGUAAAUUUA